AUGUCAAUAGGCACGCCUGUGAAGCUGCUCUACGAAGGCAUUGGCCACAUCGUGACUGCCGAGAUGCAGAACUCGCAGCUCUACCGUGGCACUCUGAUCAAUGUGGAGGAUAACAUGAACUGCCUGCUCGAAGGUGUGACCAUGGUAAUGAAGGACGGGAAGACAUUGGCCCUGGAGCAGGUGUUCCUGCGCGGCGGCCAGAUCCGCUUCAUGAUUUUCCCAGAUAUGCUGCGCCAUGCGCCAAUGUUCAAACAGAGCGCCAAGGACCGCAAUAAACAGGCUGUGCUGCCCCCGCCAGUACCUCCGCAGUUCGCAAAUCGCCGCCGCUGA